UUUUGGCCAUCAUCUUCGCCAUUUGCUUCGUCGUCUCUCCGUCGCAACCCCAGUCCGGCGUUGCUGCCCUGGUUCCCUGCCUGCCUGCCCUCUUCGCCUAUACGUUCACUGCACAUGCUUCUCUGGCCUCUUGUCCCCGUUCCUGCUGCUGCUACCCGGGCCUCUCGCGCCCGCGUUUCUCUCUCCUCCUGCUUUUCCUUUCCGUGUGAGCGUGAGUAGAGUGCCGGUGGAUGACCGUCGAUUCCGUCGGUUGUUUCGCGUGCUCUUAGUUGUGUUAGAGAGAAGUGCUCGGUGACGGGGAAUUGUUGGCGGUGGUUUAGUGUUCUCUGUGUUAAGGAUUCGACGGGCUGGUAGUGUCGGGAUCGUGCGGUGGAUCGAAGGCCGUUGGGAGAAUCGUUGUCGCUGUGUGAGUUUGUGGUGUUGGUGUAAGUAGUGCGGACCGCGCUAGGGUUUGAGGUGCUGUGUUGGACCUUUGGUGGUCGCGCCUGAUGGCCUCUAAGCGCAUUCUUAAAGAGUUGAAAGAUCUGCAGAAGGAUCCCCCGACAUCAUGCAGCGCCGGACCUGUGGCGGAGGAUAUGUUCCACUGGCAGGCUACAAUUAUGGGGCCUCCAGAUAGUCCGUAUGCCGGAGGCGUGUUUCUGGUCACCAUUCAUUUCCCCCCUGACUAUCCAUUUAAGCCUCCUAAGGUUGCCUUCAGGACUAAGGUUUUUCACCCUAAUAUUAAUAGUAAUGGAAGCAUCUGCCUGGAUAUUCUCAAGGAGCAAUGGAGCCCUGCUUUAACCAUAUCCAAGGUGCUUCUGUCGAUUUGCUCCCUGCUUACAGACCCAAACCCGGAUGACCCCCUUGUUCCAGAAAUUGCUCAUAUGUACAAGACUGACAGACAAAAGUAUGAGAGUACUGCCAGAAGUUGGACUCAGAAGUACGCAAUGGGUUGAAGAGAAGUUGUGGGAGCAAAGCUGCUAGCAUGUCGGUGUUUGACAUAUUGCAGCAAUGAAGUUCAUGUAUCUGCAUUCAUGCUUUGACUGGGUGGGAGAUGAUUACUAGUUGGCCUUAAGAGUCCUGAUGAUGUUACUUGGAGUUUUCUUUUCUUUUUUCUUUUUUUUCUUCUUUUUUUGUCAUUGAACCAUGUCUAUGUAGCAACAUACUCGUAGGGGGUACUAAACGUGUGCUGAGAGCUUAAGUAUUCAGAUAAGUUUUGAACUGUUUGGUGCACUGUGUAGCAUCUUUUACUUGAGGUUGUGGAGAUCAGAGGUGCACUACUGCCUUGCCAUUGCAGCUUUCAUGCAAGUGCCAGGUUUCAUAUAUUUAUGAAAGGAUUUGGCAUAUCCUUAAUUUGGUGCUCAUGUUGUGCUCAUUUUGUGCUGUUGGGUGAAAUCAGGACCCUAUAUUUUGGUUUUAUAAAGAAGUCUGAUUUGCCA